AUGGCAGGCUGGGUUAUGCGCGAGAACCGCGUGCCUCAAUGGCAGCGCGAACACCAAAAGCACGACGGACUGAGGACCUGGGAGAAGGGCCGUGGCAAGUGGAUGGUCCCCGGUUACAAGGCCCUCCUGUACACCACCUUCGGUGCUAGCAUGUACAUGAUGAGCCGUCUUGUUCUCGGACACAAGACCUGGGCUGGCAAGAACUAG